GAUUUUUAUUGAUUUUUUUUUUUUAAAUACCAAGCACUUUAAAACAACACAAAUAUCAUAAGUUUUCAAUUAGCUGGUUAAGAGAUAUAACAAGAAAAAAAAAAAAAAACCAGAGAAGAAUCUUUAAAGAGAUGGGUGUGGUAGAGGAAGCUCACAACGUGAAGGUGAUUGGUUCAGGAGAUCAAGCCACGAUCGUGUUAGGUCACGGGUUCGGCACGGACCAGUCAGUAUGGAAACACCUGGUUCCACAUCUGGUCGACGAUUACCGCAUCGUGCUUUACGACAACAUGGGAGCCGGUACGACAAACCCUGACUAUUUUGACUUCGAUCGUUACUCGAAUCUCGAAGGUUACUCUUUCGAUUUGAUUGCAAUCUUAGAAGAUCUCAAGAUUGAGUCUUGUAUCUUUGUUGGUCACUCUGUUUCUGCCAUGAUUGGUAUCUUGGCUUCUCUUAACCGUCCUGAUCUCUUCUCCAAAAUCGUCAUGAUUUCUGCUUCUCCAAGAUACUUAAACGAUGUUGAUUACCAAGGUGGAUUCGAACAAGAAGACUUGAACCAACUCUUUGAAGCGAUCCGAAGCAACUACAAAGCAUGGUGCUUAGGUUUCGCUCCACUCGCCGUCGGUGGAGACUUAGACUUAAUCGCCGUUCAAGAAUUCAGCAGAACACUCUUCAACAUGCGUCCCGACAUUGCUCUUUCUGUUGCUCAGACCAUUUUCCAAAGUGACAUGAGACAGAUCUUACCUUAUGUCUCUGUUCCUUGUCACAUUCUUCAAAGUAUUAAGGACUUAGCCGUACCAGUCGUCGUCUCCGAGUAUCUUCACGCCAAUCUUGGAUCUGAAUCCGUCGUUGAAGUUAUUCCUUCUGAUGGUCAUCUUCCUCAGCUUAGCUCACCGGAUACUGUUAUUCCCGUUAUCCUCCGUCACAUUCGUAAUGACAUUGCUGUGUGAUUGUGAGAAAUGUAGUUAAUUAGUUAAUUAAAGGAUGUCUGAAAAUUGAAAAUAAAUUUCUGAUGUGAUAUGUCUGUCUAUUGAGAACAAUGUUUCGUUGUCGUUUGGUUCUGAUUCGUUUGUCUUGAGUAUUUGAUCUUUUGUUGUUCUGAUCUUGUUAAACGAAAAGUCUCUUGUCUUUUGUCCAGCUUUGCUCGAGAGCUCAUUAUUGCUCGAUGUAAUAGUGAUGUUCGUAACUGAUGGUCCAUAGUGAAUUAUUGCAA